AUGCCUACUGCUACCUCAGAUCGCCUCGCCAGUCUUCGCUCCCAGAUGAAGGAGCAUCAGGUGGAUGCCUUCCUUGCUCCGUCUGAAGAUGCUCAUCAGAGUGAAUACAUUGCUGACUGUGAUAAGCGUCGCCAUUGGAUCUCUGGAUUUACUGGCUCUGCUGGUUUCGCCAUUGUUACUAGCACGGAAGCAGCUUUGUUCACUGACGGCCGCUACUUUUUGCAAGCAUCUCAACAGUUAGAUGAUAACUGGACCUUGAUGAAACAAGGCCUUCCUGGCGUUCCUACCUGGCAAGAAUAUCUGGUCAAGAACCUUCCUGCUGGUUCUCGUAUUGGUCUUGACCCUACUCUUAUCAAUGCUGUCGAUGCUCAUCAGCUUAAUGUCCAACUCGAGCCUCUUGGUUCAUCGUUGGUUCCUAUCCAUGAAAACCUGAUUGAUCUUGCCUGGGGUAAAGAUAGACCCGAGUCACCAAAGGACAAGGUCUUUGUGCAACCCGUUCAGUUUACAGGCAAAUCUGUACAUGACAAAUUGGAGGAAUUGCGUACCCACAUCAAGAACAAGAAGGCAUAUGGCACUGUCGUAUCGGCUUUGGAUGAGAUUGCUUGGUUGUUCAACUUGAGGGGUUCCGACAUUGAGUGCAACCCUGUCUUUUUCUCCUAUGCCAUCGUCAAUGAAACGGAGGCCAUUCUAUAUCUGGACUUGGAUAAAUUGACAGAUGAGGUUAAAUCUCACUUGGGUUCUGCCGUAACCACUAAACCUUAUAGCCAGUUCUUUGCUGACCUCAAGGCAUUGAACUUGGACGGAAAGAAGUUGUUGGUCAACAACAAGACUAGUUUAGCAGUGGAAGUUGCUGUUGGAGAGACUAAUGUGUUGGAGGAGAGAUCUUUCAUUACUGAUGCCAAGGCCAUCAAGACCAAGGAAGAGUUACAAGGCAUGCGCGAUUGCCAUCUCCGUGAUGGCGCUGCUCUUGUUCAUUACUUUGCUUGGCUUGAAAACAAGUUACUUGCUGGUGAAAAGCUGAGUGAAGUAGAAGCCGCUGAUCGUCUGGAGCAAUUCCGCGCUAUCCAAGAACACUAUGUUGGCCUCUCUUUUGCUACCAUCUCAUCCACAGGAUCUAACGGUGCCAUCAUUCACUACAAGCCGGAACCUGAAACUUGUAAGAUCAUUGACCCUGAUAACAUCUACCUUUGUGAUUCCGGAGGACAAUACAAGGAUGGCACCACUGACGUGACCCGCACCUUCCAUUUCAAGACACCUUCUGCCUAUGAAAAGAGAUGCUUCACUCGUGUUCUUCAAGGCCAUAUUGCCAUUGAUGAAGCUGUGUUCCCCAAGGGCACCACUGGUUACUUGCUUGAUCCAUUUGCUCGUCAGCAUCUCUGGAAGGAUGGUUUGAACUUCUUGCACGGUACUGGUCAUGGUGUUGGUUCCUUCUUGAAUGUGCACGAAGGGCCUCACGGUAUUGGCAUUCGUCCUCACUUCAAUGACACUCCUCUUGCUGCCGGCAUGACAGUGACCGAUGAACCUGGUUACUACGAAGAUGGCAAAUUCGGUAUCCGUAUUGAAAAUGUCAUUCUUGUCAAGGACGUUGAGACUCCCAAUAACUUUGGUGGUCGUGGUUACUUGGGCUUUGAACAUGUUACUAUCGUUCCCAUUGGUCUCAAUUUGAUUGAUGUUGAUCUCUUGUCUCCAUCUGAGAUCAAGUGGGUCAAUGCUUAUCAUGAAGAGUGUUUGGCCAAGCUUGGUCCUCUCGUCGCUCACGAUGAAUUAGCAACUGCAUGGCUCAAGAAGGAAACUGUUCCCAUCUAA